AUGCGUUCCGUUCUUGCUGUCAUUGCCUUCUCGGCUGCCGUUCUCGGCGAGACCUCUGUUGGUGAGACUACUGUUGGCGAGACCUCUGUUGCUCCCGUGUCGGUGUCAAACCCUGCCACGCAGUACCUGACUGAGACCAACUCCCUCGGUGUCGUCACUGGCCAACCGACCGCCGUCACCACCCAGCCAGAAGUUGUCACCUCGCAACCAGCAGCUGUCACUACCCAGCCUGGACUUGUGUCUAUCCCCGCAGGACUGACCACGCCUGUUGUCGUGCCUACGCCAACUACAUCGAAGAGCGCGGGUGCUUCUACCCAGUCUGGCUCUACUGGUACUGCUUCUGGAACCGCUUCUGGCACUGCAUCCGGCUUGACGACUUCUGGUUCGCCGUCUGGAUCUGCGUCGGGUACUUCCAGUGCCUCAGGCUCAGGCUCAAGUUCUUCGCACACUGGUGCUGCUGUCCCUGGUGCCACUGCCGGCCCUGCCGGCAUUUCUCUGCUUGCUGCAGCCGCCUUCGCCAUGCUCCUGUAG